UUUCAAUUGCGUAGAUGCAAUAUGGACAAAAAGAAAGAAAUUAGUGCUCCAAAAGAACUUGACAAAGCUUUCUUUGCGAAUGCUCUGCAAAAUGGUUUACACGAACAUCACAUUGAAGUGAGGCGAAUAAAAUUCUCAUGGGAAAGUGGUGAUGGAGAAAAACAAAGUUGCAGUCAAAUUUAUCGUGUCUUUUUAGUUUAUGCUAAAAAUGAACAACUUGAUCCUGACGUGAUUUCUGUGAUGGUUAAAGUGACACCGAUCCAAGAAGGUUUAGAUUUACUCGAUGCGAUUCAUGUUUUUAAUAAAGAAAAAUGGCUUCUAAUGGACAUAAUACCACAUUUCGAAAUUCUGUUAAAUGAUAUUAAAUUUGCCCCAAGAUGCUAUUAUGCUACAAACAGCCCGUUACAAGCUUUGGUCCUUGAAGACAUGGACCGUUUUGGAUUUCAAAUGGGAAACAUGGAAUCUGGUCUUGAUGAGCGCCAUACAAAGUUUGCAUUGAAGAAACUGGCUCAAUUCCAUGCUGUGUCAAUGGUUUUUGCUAAAAAGAGACCCGCAAUGAUGGCCGAUUACAAUAAAGGUCUACUUGACCCAAAAGUUAUUAAUAAAUCAACAAGUUUCUACAAAAUGCUUCGUAAACAUCUUGGCUAUGUUAUAAUGUUGACAUUAGAUUGGGAAGGUUUUGAAGACAUCACAAAAAAACUAGAAGAAUUCCACAAAAAUUUCGAAUCACGUAUUUUGGCUUGUCAACAGCACAGCCCUGGAGACAUCAAAGUUCUUAAUCACGGUGACUUCUGGGUGAACAAUUUACUCUUCAAAUAUGAUCCACGAAAUAAUCCGGUGGAUUUGAUGUUUUUAGAUUUUCAAAUGAGUAUUUAUGCUAGUCUGGGAUUUGAUUUGAAUUAUUUUCUAUUCGCAAGUGUUCAAUUGGAAGUAUUGGAAAGAUGGAAGAACUUACUGGAAGUUUAUCAUGCUUCGUUAAGAGAUACUCUGACAGAGCUUUCUUAUAGUGACAUACCGACUUAUGCUGAGAUUGAAAAAGAAUUCAAAAGAAAAUCAGCUUAUGGACUUUUCACUCUAAUCGGACCAUUAACUAUUAUGUAUAUGGAAGGAAUUAGUUUUGAAAAAUUAGUUGUAUCCGUUUGUAAUAACGAAGGUAUUUCUAAGUGUAAAAGAUACAUUGAAUGUUUGAAGUAUUCAUUGUUGGAACUUGAUAAAAUGGGAGCUUUUUAGUUACCUUGAUUUACUAUUUUUUGUAUUCAUUAUUUUUCCUGAAAAAUUAAAUACUUCGAAAACAUAAAACAAA